GAGUGAAGGGGGAGGAGAGGAAAGCAGCAGUGGCAGCGCUGCAUCAUCACUGUAUCGCCACUACAGCAGAAAGGAGAAGCAGUUCACCGUCUACCUCCUUCAUCUCUCUCUGUCUCUCACACUCAUGACUACACAUCUCUCCAUCUUCACACACACACUGGAAGUCGACCAGCCGCCACGAGCCUGACAAGAAGCGCUCCCAGUGACAUUAUCCAUCACCUUUGGAUGUUUGCCUGCCUGCCUCCAGGAUUCCAGGACACUGUCUGCUCGUGAAAAUCUGUGUUUUAAUGACCCGCGGACGAGGCUUCUACCUUCAGAUGUGCCGUCUGAUUGGACCGCCUUGACUUUCUUUGCUGAGGAAGCAUUCAGUGCCGGCACACAGAAGCUGCUGGGAAUUUUGGGAUCGUUUUCCUCUCCCUGUUUUUACCCUUUUGCCAGCAUUUGAAGAGUGCCAGUAGUAUGGCUCUUUUUAUUUAUUUUUUCAAUGUUUUAAUUGUUUGGUUCCUGCCCGCUGGAGAACGGUGCUUACCUCGGGAUUUGUAGUCAAGGGAGGGGGGUAUGAUAAACAGCUGCGAGGGGGAGGACGGGUUGCACUGCACCACUAGACGGGCAUCUCUUGUCCUACAUUGGGGAAUUUUUUUUCUGCCUCUCGAGGUGGCACACAUGCACAUAUUUCACCCCCAGCAGCAGCAGCAGCAGCAGCAGUGGCCGGCUGCGUUUUGCAUGCACCGAUGGAUUACUGCUACUUUAAGGACAGGCUCGCUGCCCGCUGAGGGAGAAAAGAUGCUGAUAUAGAAGAACAGGGGCAUGCUUUGUUUUUGGAGCUGCAACUUCAGGGUUAAAAAAAAAUAAAGAGACUUGGAUGACAGGAUGAUGGCUGCGUUGAGCUGAAACUGCCCCCUUCUCCUCCCUCCCUCUUCUCCAGUCCAAACAUGAACUCUUCCUCUGAUGCGAACCAAAGCGGCUCGCCCUCGUUCUGCCUGCUGGGCUCCAUGGGUUACUCCCACAGCAUGGAUACCUGCGUGCUGGAGGUGGUUGUCAUCCUCUUCCUCACUGUGCUCAUCAUCGCUGGCAACCUGGUGGUGAUCUUUGUCUUCCAUUGUGCCCCGCUGCUGCACCACCACACCACCAGCCACUUUAUCCAAACCAUGGCGUACGCCGAUCUGCUGGUGGGCGUCAGCUGCCUCGUGCCCUCGAUGUCGCUCCUCCACUACCUUCGAGGCCUGAAUGAGGAGCUCACCUGCAAGGGAUUCGGCUACAUGGUUUCUGUGCUGAAGAGUGUUUCCAUGGCCUCGCUAGCUUGCAUCAGCGUGGACCGCUACAUCGCCGUCACGCGACCGCUGUCGUACACCACGCUAGUCACCCCAUGCCGCCUGAGGGUGUGCAUCGUGCUCAUUUGGGUUUACUCUGCUUUGAUUUUCCUGCCGUCGUUUUUCCGCUGGGGGAAACCAGGUUAUCAUGGGGACAUAUUUAAGUGGUGCGCACUCUCUUGGAAAACCAACCCGGCAUUUAGCACCUUCAUUGUGGCGCUGCUCUACGCACCAGCUGCACUUACUGUCUGCUUCACCUAUGGGAGUAUAUUCCGGAUCUGCCGGCAGCAUACGAGGGAGAUCUCCCAACGCCAAGCCCGCUUCAGCCCGCAGACCGAGGGUGAUAAAGGCGAGCGGGGAGAGCGUUGCGAAGGCUGCCCGGACAAACGCUAUGCCAUGGUGCUCUUCCGCAUCACCAGUGUCUUCUAUGUGCUGUGGAUGCCGUACAUCCUCUACUUCCUCCUAGAGAGCGCCGGCCUAUAUCACCACGAGGUGGCGUCCUUCCUCACAACGUGGCUGGCAAUCAGCAACAGCUUCUGCAACUGUCUCAUCUACAGCCUCUCCAACAGCGUCUUCCGUAAAGGUCUCGGCCGCCUCUUUAGCCCACUGUUUCCUUCCUGCCUUGGCUGCACGGAGGCCAAAAAGGCUCCAGCCCCCGUCAGCCUGAGACCAGAUCCCCGAUGCCAAGUGUGAGCUCUGAUGAGCUUUGACUAGGAUGGAUUCGCUCCGGUCGAUUUGGAGGCAUCGGCCCCCCUGUGUGUGCUUUGCUCUCUACUGCGUAGCAUGACACAGGUCUUUUUGGUCCUGCGGUGAGCACAGGGAGGCGCUUGUGCAGAAGCUUUCUGGCCGUUUUAAGAGGAUGAUUUUUGUGGAAAAAGGAGGCCGUGUCAUUCCUUUCUCAAAUUCUCUCUGUGUGAUGCUGCUCUUUCAUGGCUGCAGGCGGAUGACACGGAGAUAAUAAGUUUGAUACUGAUGAAGAAAGUUCAGAGGAUUUGAUAAACAUGCCUCACUGCACUGAUUUAAUGACUCCCAAAUGCAAAAAAGUAUAGCACAGUGUGAGCUGGGCUGCCCAAUCCACUGAGAUGCAAAAAAUAAUUUAUUAAUCUUUUCAAGCCUGACUGUAAAUCUGUAAAUUGUCUUGGUUCUUUCAGGGUGGAAGUAUGUGUUGCAAAAAAAAUGUUAAAACACUUGAAGCAGACUUCUGAUCUGUUUCCUUUGGGGAACUCCAGAUGCCAACGAGUGUAGGAAAAAUCAUUCACCUUAAAAUCGUCACAUCAUCGGCUCGUGUGUGGGUUCAAAAUGCACAACAGAUGGACUUAUUUCCCAGAGAUUGAGAAGAUUUAGGAGCUUGUGUGUGUUUUAUCAAGAGGAUGUUUCUCUCGGGUGUUAGCGAGAAGCUCAAAAUCUGAAAAAGCAUUGGAUGUCACAUGAAAAAGUUAGCUUUACUUUUUAAACAUGGCCUGGAAAGUUUUUCUGCCAGCAGACAAGAAUCCUUGUUAAACAAACAAUAGAUGAUAUGAUUUAUUCUUGUGUUUCAUCCUCAGGUCUAUCAGCGGUUCUGUUUGUAAGCCUCUGUGCUGUCUGCCUUUGAUCUCAGCUGACAGAGUACAGGUCUUUUAAAUCAAAAGGCACAUUGUAAGGUAAUCAGCUCACGACUUGUAGUGCAGUCGGUGUCGAUAAUGAAUCAGCUGUCUGUCAGGAUCCUAACAUCUGGUUUCAGCUCGUGUUUCUGCCCUCAUCCAGCAAGAGGGAUAUCACCCAGCUUUACGAGCCCGACCUCGCCGUGUCAGGGGUCAAAGCCUGUUUCUGAGAGCCAACGAGUGCGUUUCUAUUUUUUCUGUUUCUUGUUCUUUGGUUUCAUGUAAGUACACGUAGAGUAUCAAUAUUUAAACAAUGGCUAACUUCGGGGGUUUUAUUGAUUUAUUGUAGACCUGCGGGAUACCAGAUGAUCUUGUGGAUCAGUAGAAGCUUUUUAAGAUUAUUUAUUUGCCACAGAGGUCUGACAUGCUGCACCUCCGGAUUGGAGCCAUUUUUAAAAAAAUAAUUUAGUGUUGAGUAGAAGGAAAAGCAUUUCUUUGUAUGCUGCGUUUAAAAACUUAAAACAGGACUUGUUUUUUUAAAGUCAUAAUGAAAUUUCUGAAAGCAUCUUGGCAAUUUGACUUUAUUGUAGUUGGACAAAGCAGAGGGAGUGGGAUAGGUUUAAUAAUGAUAGGAAGGUGCCGGUAAUUUACCCAUUUACCACGUGUUUGCUAUUUGCCAGUGACCAUUAAACAACAGAAGUAGAAGGAAAAAACUGACUAUUAGAUGGCAGCCUGAUAAAAGUUGGGUGUCACAGUGACUUGCACAAGUAGGAUGGAUAUGCAAAGUGGAAGGUGACUGCAGUCUUCAAAAAAUUUUAAAGAAUAAACAAAAACUCAUCGAUGGUCUUGAUGAACAUUUGCACAGAAUCCUGGGAACCUGUACCUUUACUUGUCAGUCAUUUCAGAGCAGCUGAGUGGGUGGGUGAUCUUUGGAGAACAGCUGAAUGUGGAAGUGUUGUUGUAAAGUCAUUUUGCUUCACAUGCCACCCCUAGAUGGCAAAAAAACAAACAAAAAAACAUUACAAGUAUUUCAUGCAUAAGAGUAUUAGACCAGAAGCCACACACGUUUACUUACUGUCUUUCUGGGAUUUAGCUGGUUUGUUCUCAAAGGUAGAAUCAAAGUUUUUUUUUUUUAUCAUAUGCAUUUAAAAGAAAUGUAUGUUUUCAUGAAAAUUGCUUGCAAAACUGAAUGAAAAUCCAAACUGCACUGGCUGUACUCGGCUAUAGUUCGUAGUGUUUUUUUUUAAAUUAAUUUAUUGUCUCAUUUAGAAGAGCUCACAUUAAUAAACAGCUUUAAAUGAGCCAAAAUGAGGCUGUGCCAUGUACUGCAUUCUUUGUGAAUGAGAAACUACACGAGCGUUCAAACAAGCUAGCCACAGUUUGUAUUAGCAAGUGCUUUUACUGUGUUUAUUUGAAUAGUGUCCGGUGUCGUUAAUAACCUCGGAUGCUGAACGAAACAGGCCUUUUAUUUAAAGCAAGCGCAAAGAAAGGCAAGCUUUUAUUUCUCUUUUUCUCCAGCAUAAGUGAUGGUUUUCAGGUAACAACUGUUUCAGCUGAAGUACAACGUUGCCUUAAGCUAAUAGGAAGUAAUAACUCUCUUAUUGGGCAGAAGUGUGAAAUCAUAUUGAGCUUUUUUUCUUUUUAUAAUGCACACAUUUGAAUGGUUGUCAAACCCAGUAUCCACCCCACCAACAGUAUAUGAACCUAAAUCUCUAUAAACAAACUUUAAAUAUAAUAGAGAAUAAAUCAUAACAUACAUAUAACACCUGGGGAUGCUUUAAUUUGAAAUAGUUACAAUAAAAGUCUAUUUCUUAACAAGUCUUUUACUUUGAAAUAUUUGCAGUUAUACUCGAGCAGUAACCCCACAAAGCUAAAACAUGAAGUCACAUUCCUGUAAUGGCUCAUUGUAAAUUUGAAACAGUAACGAGAAUAACUCCAUCGACAGAAUGGAAAAUGGUUUCCUGGACACAUUUGUUUUGUGUAAUUUGUACCACAAGAUCCUUUCUUGAGGGAAUCGGACCACAAAUAGAAGCUAAAGCAUUUGAAAGCUUCUGAAAGGUUCUUGUCAUGAACAUCAACAGCUGUCAGAUAGAAACUGGGCUCAUGCAAAGAAAAGAAAUCAAAAUAGCAGCAAAAACAGGAAAACGUAAAAGUAGCUUUCACUGCUGGAGACGGUUCUUAAAGUAAAGGAGAAAUGAUGAUGCUGAAUUGGAAAACUGUCUGAGAUACUGGAAUGAUCCAAGCUGUUAAUGCUAAUGUUUGCCAGUUGCUAAUUUUGUAAUAUGGUUGCAAAAAAGGUUGUUAAACAUGGCUCCGGGCAUGAAAUUUCCCUUGAUCCACUUCCAGAGAUGCUACAUAGCUGCUCUCCACCUCUGUGCACAGAGGAGCAAGGAGUUUAUUUCUCACUUUCCGCUCGAAGACAAAGACCUUAAUAGUUAGAGCACGAGUCACGAUUAUCAAUGUUCACUGGAUUGUUUAGCCUGCUGUGAUUACUUACUGGUCACAGGUGGUUUUAAGUAACUGCAUUUUCCAUUUGUCUCGAUUCUUUUUUUUAAAACUUUAGGACGGUUGUCAUGUGUAAUCAAAGAUAACAGUAGGCCUAAUAAGAUACUUGCUUGACAGUAGCUUUAUAUUAUAGGUUGUAUCUCUUGUCUGUUAAAAACCUCGGCCACCUUCCAGUAAUAAUACAGUUGCUGCAUAUGCAUGCAAUUACUUGGUGAUCAGUUUUCUUAAGUGCUUCUCAGCCUCCAUAGAGUGAGGUGCAGGGAGCAGUCUAACACAGAGAGGCAUGUCUGCAAGUUUAAAAUCACUAGUUAACACACAAAGCCCACCUUUGGACUGUGAGAGAGCAUGCAGACUACACAGGUAGGCCUCGAGCUGACCAGGAAAUUUGACCCAGAACUGCCAGUAAGACAAAACUGCAGCGCCUCAAUUUCAGAAUCAAUUUGCAAACUUUAAUAACUUUAUGAUCGUACAAAUUCUGAUUGGAAUUGGCUCCUGUAACGUUAAUUUGUACAGCUGCUUGAUUCAUUAAACUGGACCCUAAGCUGUGUAUGCAGAGUUGGUGCCUUUAAGAACGUUUGUAAAGGAAUAAUCUGACAAAUGAUAUAGUUUGCAGACUGUCCAAGAAGUUUGUGCUUCAGUUUUGGUGAGAUUCUAGCAUUUUAUUUGUCUGUUAAUUAACACUAAUUAGCAGGUGUCUGACUCCCAAAUAGAAUCACUCCAGGCUCAAGAGUUAGUCUUAACAUGCAGACCCAAAAAAACUGAGUCACUAUGGUUGUAUCCAUCGUAUAUUUAUAGUCUAAACUUCAGUUUGCCUGCUGCUUUUGAGUAAAUGUGCUGUGUGUAAUUGACAAAUAACAUUUUUCUGAAGAAACAUGCUCUUAAUAAUACUUUAGUUCACAUAUACUCUGAGUAUACAUGCGGUUUUAUUGUCUUUGAUGUCUUAAAUAUUUUUAUGUCCAUUUGGUCGUUUUACUGUUAAUUAUGUUCUCACAGUGUGCAUGGAAAUAAAUGAGAACUAUAAAAUGUUUCAACGAGAGAAACGUGACACUGUUAAAAUCAUUAUCGUUACUACUCUUUUUAUUUCAUUGUGACUUUAACCAGUGUUUAGUUUUCCCAAUAGAAACACAAACAUGCCUUUUCACCACAGGGGCUGAGGCGCCAGAGGUCAGAUCAAUGUCAGGGUUCAGGGGUCAGCUGCAGGACUUUCUAGAGACUUCCCUGAAAUGUUCUGUUUAGAUUUUUAGCACAUUUUUCUGUCAUGCUAUUUCGUGGCGUUCUGUCUACAGAAUCUGCUUUGAAAUGUAAAAUGUUGACAUGUUGGACGCUCCGGUUUAUUUAUUGCAAAGGAUGCUUCAUCGUCUUUACCUGCAUGAUUCUGGUGCAGUCUGGAUCAGUGCAUCUGUCUCAUGAUGCUGCUGAGAGAAAUUUACUGACUGUGCUCCUUGUCUUCUAAAUACUGUUGCAUAACACAGAUUGGCUCACUCUGUUUUUUGAUGAUGCCAACGAGUUCAGGAAACAGGAAUGACCUCCUCCUUUUCCUGCUGUCAGGAAAACAUCACAUUCAUCUGCCAAAAGUGACAUUUUUGUAUGAUUACGUCGACGAGUUCCAUGUGCAAAAAACAGAUAUGUUAAUUAACAUGCAGAUCUUUUGAAGUCCUGAUAUUUUCCUUGACAGCCUCGCAGUGCUGCUCAUCUGUGGGAGUGGGUGUGAUGCAGCUUCCAGCUUCCCCUCGAACAACAAAUCACUAGUGGUAGCAGAAAAAAAUCUGAAUGAAGGGCUUUUAAUGUUGUUACUCUGGUUGAACUGUUUGCUUCUCAGCUCGUGACCUGAACUUUGAAAACCUGCUGAACAUUAUUGUAAAUAGAGGUGUAAUUGUCUGAUUAUUAAAAAGAGACUUUCUGUUUAUGUGGUUUGGGGUUGAUUUGAUAUGCAAAAUCCUUUAAAUGCUCCAUAUUGUAG